GGCGUCAACAUGUAAGAUGGCGACGCAUCACAGGCAGAAUGCAGCGGGGCGCAGGAAAGUGCAGGUGUCAUAUGUGAUCAGAGAUGAGGUGGAGAAAUAUAAUCGUAAUGGAGUCAAUGCGCUACAGCUGGAUCCAGCUCUUAACCGGCUCUUCACGGCCGGACGAGACUCCAUUAUUAGGAUAUGGAGCGUCAACCAGCACAAGGAUCCUUACAUUGCAUCAAUGGAGCACCACACAGACUGGGUGAAUGACAUCGUCCUCUGCUGCAAUGGAAAGACGUUGAUCUCAGCAUCGUCAGACACUACAGUGAAGGUCUGGAAUGCACAUAAGGGCUUCUGUAUGUCCACACUGCGAACGCACAAGGACUAUGUUAAAGCAUUAGCGUAUGCUAAAGACAAAGAGCUGGUGGCUUCAGCAGGGCUGGACAGACAAAUCUUCCUCUGGGAUGUGAACACACUGACAGCGCUGACCGCAUCCAACAACACCGUCACUACAUCUUCUCUCAGCGGAAACAAGGACUCUAUCUACAGUUUGGCCAUGAAUCAGAUGGGGACGGUUAUAGUUUCGGGAUCCACUGAAAAGGUUUUAAGAGUGUGGGAUCCACGAACCUGUGCCAAACUCAUGAAACUGAAGGGACACACAGACAACGUCAAAUCUCUGCUGCUCAACAGAGACGGCACUCAGUGUCUGUCAGGCAGUUCAGACGGGACGAUCCGGCUCUGGUCUUUGGGUCAGCAGCGGUGCAUCGCCACGUAUCGCGUCCAUGAUGAAGGUGUGUGGGCUCUGCAGGUCAACGAGGCCUUCACACACGUUUACUCCGGCGGACGCGACCGCAAGAUAUACUGCACUGACUUGCGCAAUCCUGACAUACGGGUGCUCAUCUGUGAAGAGAAGGCACCGGUGCUAAAGAUGGAGCUGGACCGGUCAGCAGAUCCACACAACGCCAUCUGGGUUUCCACCACCAAGUCCACAGUGAACAAAUGGUCUCUGAAGGGUAUCCAUAAUUUCCGAGCGUCUGGAGAUUACGAUAAUGACUGCAGUGCUCCGCUGACGCCACUCUGCACACAGCCUGAGCAGGUCAUCAAAGGUGGCGCCAGUAUAAUUCAGUGCCACAUUCUGAAUGACAAGAGACACAUUCUGACCAAAGACACCAAUAAUAAUGUGGCGUACUGGGAUGUGCUGAAGGCCUGUAAAGUUGAAGAUCUGGGCAAGAUGGAGUUUGAUGAGGAGAUCAAGAAGCGCUUCAAGAUGGUUUAUGUGCCCAACUGGUUUUCAGUGGACCUGAAGACUGGGAUGUUGACUAUAACGCUGGACGAGAGCGACUGUUUUGCAGCCUGGGUUUCUGCUAAAGACGCUGGAUUCAGCAGCCCUGACGGAUCCGACCCCAAACUGAAUCUCGGUGGGCUGCUGCUUCAGGCUCUGCUGGAGUUUUGGCCACGCACACACAUAAACCCUAUGGAUGAGGAGAAACGCUGGACAAACGCAGAAACACUCUCAGUUUCAGUUUCUCCUUUAUUAUUUUCUCUCAUUUCACAUUCCAGUGAUGUGUUUGUUGCCAAUGACGUCUUCAGAUCUGCGGAACUGCUUUAAAAAACCAACCGUGAGUCUUGAAGGAGCACUGAAGAACUCCGUUUCCCAUGAUGCAUCUCUCUCACUGACAUGCUGUGGUCAUCAGUGCAUCCAUUCUGUACAUAUACUGUAAUUAUUUUGUAGUCCAGUUGGAGCAUAGGAGGUUUUUAUUUACCUUUUCUGUUUUUAAGAAAACGUACGGUGUCUUUAAAAAGGUGCUUAUUCAUGUCAAAUAUGAGGACAUGUAACUCGUAACGUCACAAAGUAGGAAUAAGUCAUUUAAAGAAAAAAUAAGCAUGGAUGAAAAUAUGAAGGUGAGUUUGAUUUAAAGUAGUGCGGUCAAAUGAUUAAUCACAGUCUAAAUAAAAGGUUUAUUUAUUUACGUAAUAUAUAUAUAUAUAUAUAUAUAUAUAUAUAUAUAUAUAUAUAUAUUACACACACACAUAUAUAUAUAUAUAUACAUAAAAACACACACAUAAUUAAAGUCAUAAUUAUUUGCCCUUCUAUGAACAUUUUUAUUCAACAUCAAAUAUUUCUCAAGGGAUGUUUAAUUAGAGCAAGAAAAAUUUUCACAGUAAUUUCUAUAAUAUUUUUUCUUCUGGAAAGUCAUAUUGAUUUUACUUUGGUCGGAAUAAAAGCAGUUUUAAAUUGU